UGCCCGUUGCUCCACCUCCUCACCAGCAUUUGGUGGUGUCAGUGUGAGCUUGCUUCUCACUCUGCUCUGACCGCAGCUGUCCCACUCUCAGUUGAUAGCGACUCCAUUCUUCCAGUUGCUGAGACUAAAAAUCCAGGGCUCGUUCUCAACUCAUUCCUUUUCUCAUACCGCAGAACCAGUCCUAUAGGAAAUCUGAUUGGGUCUACUUUCAAAACAUAUCAUGAAUCUGACCCCUUUGCACCGCCAUGCCUGCCCUCAGCCUGGUAAGAGCCAUCAUGCUCUAUCUGAAUUUCUGCAGCGGUCGUCAACUGAUCUUGAUCCUAUGCUUUUUCUUCUCAAGUCUGUUGUCAACGCUUCAGCCAACGUGACCCUUUCAAAGUAUGAAUCAGAGGUAAUUUCAACUCUCCAUGCAGACACUGUCACUGCAAUUAUUGGUGAAGUGAUCAUCACUUCCCAGCAAAGAGAUGAGAUCAUGGUGUCCCAGACCUUUAUCUCGGAUAAGAUACCACCUUGGCACACAUGCUCCAGAUUGGACUCUAAAAUCUGCUGGUUUGGUGGGGAAUGACAUUUGGAGUUCCUCAGACAAUGGCAGCAUUUGGGUUGAAAUCUUUUCUGGAUGAUGCUGGAUGUAAGCUUGUCUUCUAUUUUCACCGAGUGGCCAGAGGGGUUUCCCUCAGCACCACCUGCCUGCUCAGUGGUUUCCAGGCCAUUAAGCUCAACACUAACACCUCCAAGUGGUUGGAGCUCAAGGUUACAUUCCCAAAGUGCUUUGGCUUCUGCUGUUUCCUCUGCUGGAUCCUGCAUCUCCUGUUGAAUAUCUUUAUUACUUUGCAUGUUACUGGACCAAGAAAGAACAAAAACACGAGUGUGGAAAAAAUUUAUGAAUACCGUAAUUCACCCAUUCCAAACAAAUUUGUUGUUUUACUACAUGCAGUCAUGUUCUCCUUCACUGGUGUCACUUGUUUGGGCCUCAUGGCCUGGUCUAGUGGCUCCAUGGUCUCUGUCCUGCUCAGGCACAAGCAACAAGUCCAACACAUUCACAGCAACAGACUUCCCCCCAAACCCUCCCACGAGGCCAGAGCCACGCACACCAUCCUGGCCCUGGUGAGCAUAUGCAUCUCCUUUUAUUUUGUCUCUUUCAUUUUGUCUUUGUGGGUAACACUUAUUGUGAACCCAAGCCACUGGCUGAUGAACAUCUCUGCUUUGGCAUCUUCAGGCUUCCCGACCUUCAGCCCCUUCGUGCUCUAUGGCAGUGACACCCGUGCCUGUCAGUUUUUCUCUGCUUCUAGGGAAGAAAAAUAAUUUUUCAAGUAUGGUCUCUAAAACAGUAAGUUCCCUAUAGGACAUCCUAUCAUUUAUUUAAUCACUUUUCUUUUGCCGGUUUAAAAAAAAAAUGUAUUCAUUUUUGAGAGAGAUAGAGAGAAAGACAGAGUGCAAAGAGGGGAGGGACAGAGAGAGGGGGAGACACAGAAUCCAAAGCAGACUCCAGGCUCUGGGCUGUCAGCACAGAGCCUGACACAGGGCUGAAAUCCACAAACGGUGAGAUCAUGAUGUAAGCCAAAGUCAGAUGCCUAACCCACUGAGCCACCCAGACGUCCCUAUUUAAUCACUUUUUUGUGUGUUUGUAUGCUCGUGUUUAAUGCCAGAUGAUCUAUUAUCACAUAGGGACUCAGUAUGGAAUAACAGCAAAAAUAACCCUGGCCUCAUACGGCUUAUAAGAUUUACAAAAAAUGAACAUGGUAUAAAUAAUAUCUCAGUGAUGACUUUCUAAAACUACAGGGUGCCUUGGUGGCUCAGUUGGUUAAGCAUUUGACUCUUGCUUUCAGCUUAGGUCAUGAUCUCACGGUUUGGUGAGUUUGAGCCCCACAUCGGGCUCUGCACUGGCAGUGCAAAACCUGCUUGAGAUUCUCUCUCUCUCCCUUGCUCUCUGCCCCUCCCUCACUCACUCUGUCUCUGUCUUUCUCAAAAUAAAAUUUUAAAACACUUAAAAAAAAUAAAAUUAUAUAAUGCUAUUCAAUGGAGAAUAUCAGGUAAUGCUGAUAAUGACAUGAGGAUUUUUGUGUUUAGUUCUGUUGAUUCAAACUUUGAAGUGACAUCCAUAAGAUUCAUUGCAUUGUCAAAGCAUAUUGAGUGAAAAGUGUUUCAAGUGAGAAGAAAAUGACUGGGAAUACCCCAAAUUGGUCCAACACAGGUGGACUUAAAGGAAUUAAAAGAAGUUUAUGAGGUUUAGCAGAGUGUGGCGAGGGAGGAAGGUAGGUGGUAUCUUCUGGCAGGGGUUGGAGGUGGUGUCAAUGAUCAAAACUUUUCAUAGGAAAGAUCAUGGGUCUCUCAGAAUUUUUGUCCACUGAAAGAAUCAAAAUUGUGAUAAAAAAUAAAAAUAAUUUCAGGCGCCUGGGUGGCUCAGUUGGUUAACUGUCGUAGACUCUAAGUCUGAAGUUCUCUUUUGGCCAGCAAAAUAGUGGGACGCAGGAUUAAAGCAAGAGAUGGCUAAUGUCCGGGAAAAGAUAUGAGCCCCAAAUAAGGGUCCUUGCCCUGUAUUUAUUAAGAUAAGAAGGCUUACAAACGUGAUGGGCAUGUACAAAGAGACAAAGAAACUGUGAGCAUUAACUUGGGGAUGUGAGGGAAAAGGGGGGCUUUGAAGAUAUAUAGUGUUUGGGGUUUGGGUCAAUAUAAAACAAAAUCCUGGCACCGGACAGAUGGGUAGAUGGUUGUUAAUGGCAGAUAUGAGGCACCGUGUCUGUUUAUCUUAGCUAGCCUGGGGGAUGAGACAGAUAGGGGGAAUAAACUCAGGGUUAACAAGGCACCUUUUCUUUUGUAACCAUCUCCGCUCUGGGCUGCUUUGCCUGCAGCACAGCAGUCC